UUAGCCCAUAUCCUAGUGAGCUCAUCCCCACUGGAGCCUGCUCAGCAGUGAUUCGCUGCACACCAACUCCUGGAAGGGGCCAGGGAGGCUCUCUCUGGCUGGGAUGAAGAACUUGAACAGAAACUCACUGCUGGCUUCUUCCCUGUGUGAAUUGUGUGUGGUUCCCAGAUCCCCGUCCUUCCCUGGAUACAAAGACAGGCUCCAGGUGUUUGGUGCUGAGGCACUGUAACCAUGGAGGAUCCCCCCAAGGCCCUGGAGGUGGAUGAGAAGUCUCCAGAGUCCAAGGACCUUCUGCCCAGCCAGACCGCCAGCUCUCUGUGCAUCAGCUCCAGAAGCGAGUCCGUCUGGACCACCACCCCCCGGAGUAACUGGGAAAUCUACCGGAAGCCGGUAGUCAUCAUGUCAGUAGGUGGGGCCAUCCUCCUCUUUGGGGUGGUUCUCACCUGCCUGGCCUACACCCUGGGCAUGGAUGACAACGUCAGAAAGGCCCUUAAGAUGAUAGGGCCUGCCUUCCUGUCCCUGGGACUCAUGACGCUGGUGUGCGGGCUGGUGUGGGUGCCCAUCAUCAAAAAGAAGCAGAAGCAGAGACAGAAGUCCAGUUUAUUCCAGAAUGUCAAGUCCUUCUUCCUGAAUUGCUGAUGGCGGUGCCACCCUCUGUCCCCCCCAUCACCCUACCAACUUCACCAGAAGAAUGAGAGUGAUGGCCGAGCUCUAGCGUCGCCAUCUCCCGUUGGUAGGGUUUGCCAUAAAACUGAUCCUGGCAAGGUCUCUUCCUGGCCUGUGGGAAAGCCCAGGCCUGCGCCCACUAGCUGGGGACUUGCUGGAUGUACCUUUCAUUGCUGACUCCCCCUCGCAUCCUGGCUGCAGCCAGCCCCUUUGUGAGUCUCGUGUCCUGCUUGUGCAUCCGAGUGUCAUUUAUCAGACUCUGCCAAGCUCUAUGCAUGUUGGGAAAUCCCUUGGGUGGACUAUGCCCCCCGGGAGACCUCUGCUUACAUAUCUGAGUGCCUGGAGUCCACAUGUGUAUCCUUCUAGAACCCACGCUGGCCAGUAGAGGUCCUUCCUGAGGGGAGGGAAGGCUGAGUGUUGACCCUCUGAGUUUGCCAGCCCCAGCUCCCUGGCAGACACUGAUUUACAUUUCAAAAGACCAGACAAGACACAAGUAUCAAACAUUCCAAAGAAGGAAUGGGAAAAUGCAGCUGGAAAAACACUUUCCCAGAAGGCUUACUGCCCUAGACAAGACUUUGGGAGCCAGCUAACCAAAGAAGUUCAAGUCCCAAUAUACAGUAUCUCUAUCAGCAGCAGUGAGAUGGGUUGGGGGUGUCAGGGUGCCUCCCCUCCCACCUAACUCCUUCUCCUUGACUACUCCACCCUCUGAAUUGCCAACCAGUCAAGGGCAGGGUGCUCUAAUUUCCUCCUUCCCUCUCCCCGCCACCUCACUCCAUAUUCGAGAUGGGGAACUGUAGAGAAAAUCUGUAAAAUUGCUCUCCUUCACUUCCUUGAAGAAUCAAAACCAAGAAGAUCAAAUUCUAUAUUUGAAUGGUCAAUAGGUUUCCAAAAAUGGAUUUGACUUUAGAAAAUCCCAGCUUCUGCUCUCCCACCCUGCAAACAAGCAAAUAUGUAUUGAGUGCCCAACUGUGGGCCAGACCCUGGGAUGGGAAAAAAACAGACAUGGCCCCAACCUGAGAGACACACUCAAGCCAGUGGGGGGCGGGGGAGCCUGUGCUGAGCACCUGAUGGGGGAGCUUGGGCAUGUGGGAGCAUGAAGACAGCAGCUAGCCCAGGCUUGGGAGAGGACAAAGUGGUUCCUGGGCCCACAUCAUCUAAACUCAGAACAGAAGCAAAGAUUAGAGCUAGUGAACAGGAAGGAAAAGCAUUUCAAGCAGCAGGAAGUACCUGUGCGAAAGUGAGAGGACAGAGCCUGGCCGUUUCCUUAACCUCCCAAACCUUCCAUCACCUCCUCUAGUCCUGUCUGCACCUGCUUCCCAAAGUGCUUUAGUGCAGCUUGGCCAGGGGCACACUGGGAGUCUCCUGGGCCAACUGGAAGGCAGUUUCCAGAGGGCUCACCAGGCAGAGAGCUCUGUGAGUUAUGUGCUCCCGAAACCUGGAGCUCCAGGUAGCAACCUGAGGCCCUCAGGUGGAAAAGUGCCUGUGAGACAGCAGCUGCACUGCCUGGCUGCAAGGAGGCCACCUGCCCUCAGUCACAGCAACCUCUAACAGGCCUCCAGGGGCAGAGGCAGAACCUCACCCUGCUCCCUCUUCAUCAUGCAGGCAGGUACCUGUAUCAUUUGGACAUGACUGCCUCGUCCAUUUCAGGAGCCAAAGUCCGGGAGCCUGUCAUGGUCACCUUGCAUGACCAUGUGCUCAUUCAGUGAAUCCUCGAGCUCUCAGUCUUCUGCACCCAGGUACUCAGGACCAAUCUUGUGGGUAAUGUAAUUUUAGCACCUCAAGCUCCAGGAUUUGCCAAUCACUUCCCGUUCUUUUGACACAAGCACUGAUUCAGUACUGACCCCAGGAUAUCACUCUCACGUUCCUUAGUGCUGCUGGACAUGGGAGCAAGGUGGAUUCCCAGCUAGCUCACUGGCAACCCACAUGUUCCAGAUGCCACUUCGCCGCCCACUUAGGGGUGGGGUGAGGCCUAGGUGGAUGUUGCUUCCCUGCGGGUCUCGGUAGAUCCUAUUCUUUGGAUAAUCAUGAUGAUAGAAGCUGCUCUGAACUUGGGACCCCAGCGGGCCCCUGCAUUCCCUGUAUCUCCAGCGAGUUUCUCAGCAAGAAAAAUGAGGAGAUUCUCUGUGCACACCCACUGGCUCCCCACACAAUUGUCACACCAGUGACAAAUUCAGUCAAGAUAUCAUGACACUUUUGUGACAUGAAAAGCUAAUGUACAGCUGUUAGUCCUGAUGACACAGCCUAGGGCAGACGCCAUCUUUCUAGAAAAGAUAUCACUACCACGACUGCUUUCCCGCCCAUGGAAGGGAUCAGAACCGCAUCCCCUUGUUCAGCCUUCAGGAUUACAUUAUCCUGCUCGUAGCUACUCUGCUGGGGAGAGUUGUAUUGAGUGAGACCUAAAGAAAUUGGCUAGUGUAGAAUUGUAUUCAGUGAACAGGAUCUGCUGUGUUCCAUUAGGAAUUUUGCUCCACUAGGAAGUCCAAGAUUGUAUCCACUGAUUCAUUCCUCUAACCCCCACCCCCGCCAUCCACCCUGCCCCGAUGGUGAGUUUCCAGAGUAGUUCCUCUGAGUGACUCACAGGGACCUACUCUGAGAUGCUGGUGGGGUGACAAAGCAGAAGCUUCCAACUCUCUCUUUGUCCACCUAAGUCCAAUGUUGACACCAAAAAAUAAUGAGAAAGAACCUUCCAGAAUGAUUCAUGAUCCAGGUGAUGCAGGCAACUAUCCUAGAUCAGCCUGUCAGUGUCCACAUGAACCAACAAGGGUGAGCCCAAGAAAGGAUGGCAGUCCACUCCAGCAGCUCCGUGGGCUCAUUCUCCUCUAAGCCCUGCUUCUUCUGCCUGGUCCAGCCUCCUCUGUCUCUCUGGGUCUCAGAUCCCAACGCUCUUCUGCUUAGUUCCCCUCUCUGGCCCCAAACCAUAGAGUCUGUGACUUUGUUUAUUCUGUCCUGAAAGAAACAAGAGGAUGGUACUGGGUCUCCCCAAGGAAGCUGUGUUUUAUCGCUCCUUCACCUGCAGCAUUGCCAGAGACACGUCGUCCCAUGCCUACCCCCUAAACCCACCACUCCAUCGCCAUCUCCAGUCCUGCAGAGGUCUCUGGAAAUCUAAAACAUGAACCCCAAAUAUGUCCUAUUAAAUGUGUGCAAGAGAACUGAG